CCGAUCGGGUUUGGUAAAAUCGCGAGCACGUACGUGCGCGAUGGUUCUGUGUUGACAAAUCAGUCAAAAAUCAUGGCGGCGUUUUUCAGGCAUGGGGUUUCGAAAGGAGGACAACUUUUAACACCGAAAACCGUUUCUGCAAGUAGUUACGCCACCAAAGCGGAGAAAAAGAAGGGCGUCGACAGGAAACAGGGCCCAAAAAUCGACUCUUCGGCUGAAUCUUUGGCUGCUAAAGGAUUUCUCAGACCACAGAAAGAAUAUAUUCCACCACCAGACGUUGAAGAAAGACUUAAGGAAAUUUUUGAAUCUGUAGUGGGGACAUCGCAGGGCGGAUAUAAAGUGACGAAUCUGAAUGACAAAUUUAAAUUGUUUACAAAAUGUAUCGAGAAAUUCGACCACCAUGUCCCAAAUUCGCUUCUGCAUCAAAUUGAAACGUUGGCGGAAUUGAGGGACUAUUAUAAAACCCCCGUGGACGUUACGACGCCCCUCGAUAAAUUACGCAACAUGGAUCUGCCCGAGAACUUGCACGUCCAAUUUGAGUACCACAGAUUCAGACCAGACGCCGAUAAAUUUGGAGAAACCGCGUUCCCAGGGAGAUCUACAAUUGUCACGGGUCUGAAAUACAAAAACAAGUACAAAGGACAUGUCCAGAAAUCAAACACUCCUUGGUUUUAAAAUGCUCGCUUUAAUGUGUUGGAAUUAACUAAGGAAUAAAGCAAUUGUUUGUA